UCAAAAUAGGGAGCAACCUUGCAAACACCGUUUCUUUGCUAAGCGAGCCGGCAAAUUAUAUUUAUUCUUGCGGUUCUGCUAACUUUUAAAUAACUUAUAGCUAAAGUUUUAUUAGUAAAUAAAAGUUUUGCAAAUCACCGUUCAUAUAUGCGAGUAUUUCUGAGCAGCUUGAUCAACAGCCAUUGGUACAUCUAGUAAACUUAAGCUCUAACCCAGCAAACAUGGCUAAUGAGAGUACGGUGCAUAACUAGACACUAGUUUCACUUAUGGCCACCCCAGACGCCACCGCUUAGGAUGUGGCAGUCGCUGUCUUGGCCUCUGUUAUGUCUGCUGGUGCUGAGCGACGUCCAAGGCAGCAAUUUGGUGUACACGGUGCACUUCAGUGGUGCUACUCUCUGCCCCGCCUUCGUCAGGAACAAGACACGAGUCGGCAGCGUUGUCAUGUGUGCUCUGCACGCGUCAUCGGUACGUGCUCCUGCGUUUGCUUUUUGCGAGGGAGAGACUGAGGACUGCCUUUUGGCAUCCUCAGCCUACACUGCGGGAACCAUGGCAGCCUCAGGGCUCCUUUGCCGCCUGUACUCCAGCAACUCUCAGCCACCUCUGCCUCCACCCAAGCCUCAGGGCAAAAAGAGAUACAAGCUGAGCACGGCGAUCACUACUAAUGGAGACGUUUCGUCGAUGAGCGCUGAGAACCUCUGCGCGGCAGACGGCUACCAGUUUGCCGUGAUCGCGUCCGCUGCUGAACAACAGUUGGUCUUUGAUCAAGUGGGGGCCGAGAUAAAAUCUCGCUGCACCUACGCAUGUCUGGCAUGGCUGUGGCUUGAUCCAAGUUACCGCUGGUCGGACGGCAGUGUGCUCAACCAGUGUGAGGUUGGCAUAGGCAACCCAGGAGACGCAGUCCCUUGCUUCACUCAGGGGGGUGCACCGGGGCUGUAUAAAUUCUACUGCAGAGCUGGAACUGGUAUUCCUGUAGUCUGCCAAGUUUACGAGUGAGCCUCAUACAAUUGGUUUGUAGCAUUUCUUGGUCAGUUUUUGAACAAACCGGCGAUCAUCAAGUAACACAGGUGUACCAAAGAUUUGCUGGUUUAAUUACGGACGACUGUUCCUUACAAGAGGCAAGUAGAAGUCCCCACUCGUAGACUAUUAUUACUCAAAUAUUGUGGGUGAAUUAGUUAUUUUGGUCACUCAACGAAAUUUCUUCAGUCCCACCUUGACUAAUAUUUCACUCACCUACUGUGAGACUGUAUCUCACAUACUGUGUCACUCACGUUUUAGUGUCAUCCAUAUAAUUGUGCUACUAAUGGGACUGCCUGAAAAAUGUAUCGGCUUAUGGACUUACUCCUAUCACCGGUUCCUUCAUAAGAGCCAGGAUUUUUCAUCAUUAGCUAGAUCGGGACUGUAAUGUCUGAACCUUACCACUAUGCGAAUUUCCUGCUCUACCAUUUUUCAAAUAACGAUUAAUCCUGAUUUAUUUUCCUUAUUUUGAUUUGCGAUUUUGUUUCCCUUUGAUUUGUCCGAAACUGUAUAAGUUUCUUUUUGAUUUGUCAAAACCUGCAAGUUUCCUUUUGAUUUGUUCAAACCUGUACGUUUCAUUUUGAUUCGUUUAAAACUGUACUUUUCCUUUUGAAUUCUUCAAAAUUAAACGUUUCCUUUUGAUUUGUUCAGAACUGUACCUUUCCUUCUGAAUUGUUCGAAACUCCCUGUUUGCACUCCUGCGUUGGUUUGUUUAACUAUUACUGCGGUGAUUUUACGAUAGAUGUUGGACUCCGUUGAAUGUUCGGCUUAGUGAAGCCGGCUUUAACUUGUCAUACGCACCUACUUGCAAUUGUACUAUUCUUAUUUUCUUAGUAUUUUCAAUUUAGAUGAGAACUAUUCCUAGCAUUUCAUCUAUAUGGAGACAAAUAGGCAUGAUUUUUGGUUGUGUUGACUUGCACGUUAUUUGUAACAUAUUGUGUAAUAACUUGACUCCAUUGAAGAUAGGAUUUUUUGCCAGACUAGAAUCGGCCAACCGCCAAUCUAUGUUCAUUCAUAUCAUGAACUUCUAAAUUAUUCUGCACUGUUAAUCUCGUCCAUGCAGUGAGAUUUGAGAGAGUGUCACGGGCUCUAUAUUCAAUCAUUUCUAUGCGCGACUCCAUACAGUAUAUCAGCACAAAGACUGGCGUUAACGAUUUUCCUGCAAUUUUUUCAGUUUAUCAGUUGAUUUACCUCGCAGUGAAUGCACUUCGCUAAUCGCUCCGGCGUGCAAUAGAAGUUCCGGAGUUAUUGCGGACUUCUAUUCUUUCCAGUUAUACAGAAAUUCAUCAUGCGCAACUAAUUCCAAUAUUGUUCUAAAUGCGUUUCUUCAUUCCUCAAAUUCUUUUGGCAAUCACAAAGAAAUAGUCUAGAAAAUACCGAGCGAAAUAUUUGUUUAGGUUUUCAUGUUUAGGCCUCUCAUGACCAUUAGAUCAAAAUGUACCCUUAAUUCUUUCAAUGAACGUGUGAACUCG